AUGUCGCAACCCCUCGAUGACUCCCCCGAAGCAAGCUCCUCCACAGCUGCCGAAAAGGCGAUUUCCACUCUCCGCGCCAGACUUCGCAGCGAAGACCCAUUCCCUCCUCCAUUGCACGCCUCCGCAUCCUCGUCCGAGCCGUGCUUGAAGCACAAUGACAUAUACAAGCAGCUGCGAGCUACAUUUUCCUCGCUGCCUGGUCCCCAACCAGCACCGCAUCACACCCCCGACAGAGGAAACACCAUCAUGAACAAUCUAGCGGAAACAUUUGCUCGCUCCGGCGAAGACGCGUACAAGUCGGCCGUGUCCGAUAUCCAGACCGUCCACAAAUCCAUCUCGGGCCGAAUAGACGCCUUCCACGCCGAGUCUGCAUCGGUGCUGAGCGAUGCCGCGGCUCUCUACGACAACAUCUCGUAUCCCCUGUCCAGGACGGUAUGCCACUCUGAAAACUUUCCCCGGGGAACCAUUGCGCAGCACCUGUCUGCGCUAAAGGACAAGAUGGACGCCGCAGAGAAGCAGCUGGCGUCUCUGAACGAAGAGUGGAUGUCGUGCGUGGACCAAGAAGCGAAGAUUAUGGCGGUGACGGAGGCCGUCGACGAUUCAGACUCGGCCAAGGAGGUCGAGGUCCUGGUGCAGGAGAUUGACGACAUAGUGAAGGACAAGGCUGCUGAACUCGAGCAGAUGGACAAGGAGUACCGUGACUUGCUGUGGAAGGAGUCGCAAAAGAUGAUGCAGGCCAUGAUGGCAGACUAG